UCUUCACCAAAUACAUGACGCCUCCUGGCAGGCCAGUAAAUUCGAAAGAAGAACCUUGGAACUGUGAGAAGCCCAGACAGUGCGCUUUGCGAGUGCUCGGUGGUCUUCGUCGUCGACCAAACCGCCCAAACACAUCUCCAAAGGCCGCACCGUAAACCAAAAACAAUGAGGAGCAGUCUAAACUACCCACCAUGAGCCUAGCAGCCCAGAUCAACACCCAGCUCCGGGCCCUCAACCUCCCACCUCCAUCUCAACCAUGGCUGCAGGCGCUCAUCUCGGCCCGAGACCCUCCUCCUCCUCUCCCUUCGCUGGUCAUGACCGCCAAGACACGCCUUCUGGCCUCGGAUCUCACCACACCUGGUCUACUGGACCCCGACUCCAUGCCAGCCAUAUCGCUGCCGAGCGGGAUCACCAACUCAGCCGUAAAGGAAACUCGGCUGAGUCGUCAUGUCUACGUGCAGGUUGCCGAUAUUGAGGACCUCGCCAAGAGCAGGUGGGAGCAGGUCGAGGAACUCGAGGCCAUCGAGAGAGGCGAACAGACCCGGGGUAGAGAGGUGGUCCGCCUCCCCGCGAACGGUGGGGUUGUGGAUGAAGCUCAGGAUGGAACCGCCAGCGGGCCAGCACUGGCUAGAGCGCAGCCUGGACCUGCAGGAGCCGCUUCGAACAAGCCCACCCACCGCCUGAUCUUGCAGGACUGCAAAGGCCAGAAGAUUUAUGGGCUUGAGCUGACACGAAUCCCCAGGAUAGCCAUCGGGAAGCUCAACCUAGGCGAGAAAAUCUUGCUGAAAAAGGGCGCUGUUGUCGCCAGGGGAUCUGUUCUGCUGGAGCCCGAGACCUGUCAUAUUUUGGGCGGCAAGGUCGAUGCGCAACGCGCUUGGGUGACCACUAGGCUCGCCCGGUUGAGGGAAACGGUCAGACCGGCUCAGCAAGGCUGAAUGGACACAUGAUUUGUUUUCUUACAAUCAUGGACUCGAGCAGAUCCUACAAUGUACUGCACACACCUGUCCUGUGGACUGCUACAAGGGCCAAGGCCCUCCAUGAAUUUGGCUACUUCUUGCCUACAACACCCGCAAGAUCUUGCCACCCCGCCUUCAUCCACGGCGCCAGCACGAUUGAGAUCUGCGAGUUGAGAGCUCUCCCAGUCGAGCCGUAUGUCUUUGCCAGAUCCUCUGCACUGACUUCUCCCUUGGGUGGUAUGCUCUGAGACGCCACACGCACCGCCAUUUCUCUAGGAAAGUCUUCGCGAUCGCCUGCAAAAUCCCCGAGACUUGACCAGCCGUGUGCCAAAUGAGGGUACAGAAGGACGUCAGUCUGUGCUUGAACCAGCACUCCCUGCUCCGUGCCGGCCUCCACCAGGAGCGCAGCCGCUUGUAGAACCUCCCCUAUGUGAAACUGCUCUGCCGAUGUAGUGCGUUCGUUCGUCCGGAGCCUCUCCAACUCGAUGCGUACCGCGUCAACGCUUUCUUCGUCAUCAUCCAGGAUUCCCACGACACCCAGCAGGACAACUGAUUGCACGUGGUCAGGUCUGUCGCCAAUAACAUCGAAUAGCGAGCUGCGGGCCUUCUCCCGAGCAGACUCGGAUCCAGUUGCCCACAAGACCUGCGCAAGAAGACAAACGGCGUCGGGAUUGUUGUCUGAUUCCUGCAAGGCAGAAUCAAAGUAUACCACGGCCUCAUCUACGGUAUUCUGGUGGUAAUGGGCGAGACCCACCGUCAAGUGUGCAGAGAGCCUCGCCUUCUUUCGCUCUUCUGGAGUCAGCUCGUUGUCAGACUCAUCGCUGCUGAGCUGCAGCGCUGUCUCGCCGCAAUCAGCAGCCUGGUCAUAAGAGCCAAUAGCGAGAUAAGCCCUGGCGAGGUCCGCUUUCGCCAGUGCAAACCUCUUCAGAGACUGCGCAGACUCGGUCACCUCGUAGUCUGCUUCUAGCACCGAGCACAUCUCUUCCAGGGCUUGUGCCGACAGUCGAUGCUCAUGCGUUCGUUCUUGCAGCAAGGCGCACAGAUGCCCCAGGGCAAGUUUCUGCGGCCGCAGCGUUCGAACCUGGCCCAGUGCAAAGAUUGACUGGAUAAGGAUUGUUGUGUCGGUAUUCGCCACGUCCGUCAAGAUCUGAUCGAACACCGACGUGGAGAACUGCUGCCUUGAGAUCAACGAGGACGCUUCGGCGAUCUCCGUGGCAUGGGCAAAAAGACUUCGUGCUUCUUUUACGUCUCCAUAGAUCAAGGCGACAAGACCCUGGCCAAGCCAUGCGUGAGCAUAGUCGGGAUCCGUUGAUUGUG